CUUCAAGCAUACAGACAACUCUUAAGAGCAAGCAGAAUUGUUUUUGAUAAAGAUACUAGAAUGCUCAAACUUUCACUCCGACAAAUCAGAACAGAAUUUGAAAAGAAUAGAUUUGAAAAGGAUGCCAACAGAAUUACACAACUCGUUUCCGAUGCCAACCAAACAGCAACCUUCAUUGUUGCUUCCGUAGUGCAAGGAGUUAAAGAAAAUGAA